CUGGCCCGCCCCCGGCCGCGGUCUGAGUGCUUCGAACCAUGGCUGAGCGCGGUCCCCAGCCUCAGGCUCGGGCGCUCCUGCAGCAGUGUCUGUACGCCCGACUGCAAGUACGCCCCGCCGAAGAAGGCGCCACGGCCCAGUGGGUGGAGAUUCACAGAGGAUUAGUGAUCUACGUGUGUUUCUUCAAAGGAGCUGAUAAAGAACUUCUUCCCAAGAUGGUUAAGACACUGUUAAAUGUGAAAUUGAGUGAGACAGAAAACGGCAAGCACGUCUCUAUCUUGGAUCUUCCUGGCAACAUUCUUAUCGUCCCCCAAGCCACCCUCGGGGGUAGAGUGAAAGGAAGAAGCAUGCAGUACCACUCCAACUGUGGAAAAGAAGAAGGGUUAGAACUCUAUUCCCAGUUUGUGACUCUGUGUGAGAAAGAAGUCGCUGCUAACAGCAAGUGCAGUGAAGAGGGGGUUGUGGUUGAACAUGGCACUUACGGGAACAGGCAAGUGUUAAAACUAGAUACCAAUGGACCAUACACACACUUGAUUGAGUUUUAAAAAUUAAAGGUUUCCUGGAGGAAAUAAAAAGUUUGGGACUGGAGAGAUAGCUCAACAGUAAUGAGCACAUGCUUGACGUGCAGGAGGCUCAGGAUGAUCUCCAGUAACAUAUGAUCCCCUGAGUACUUCAGGGAGCAACUUUCCCCUCCCCUCCACCCGCCACACACACACACACACACACACACACACACACACACACAGAGCACAUAUAGACCUCAGCACAGAGCUGGGAGUGGUCGCCAAAAAAAAAAAAUAAUAAUAUAUAGUUUUUUUGAGUUCCUGUGUUUGAUUUCUGGUAUAGAAUGAUCUGUAUGAUAAUCCAAUUUUCUUUCCUUGCCUCUCAAAUAUAUAAAUCUGCUAUCUUUUUAGGCAAGAAAAUUCUGGGUUCUAUCCAUUACGGUGCAACCAGUUCAUUGGCUGAUUUUGCCAAGUCAUCAGAACUCUGGGUCACAGUCACCUUCAUCCUGCUUGACCCUAUACUUCCACUGAAAAUUUGUUUUGUAUUUUGUUUGUGGUGGGGGAAUCACAGACAGUGAUGAUCAGGGGCUGCCCUCCAACCCAGCCUGUUUUGUUCAAGGGACCAGGUGGUGCCAGAGCUACACCCCAGGCUUCCUCCACAUAAAGCAUGUGUUCUAGUCCUUUGUACCAUCUCUCCAGCCCCUGGCAAAGCAAGAUCUUAACAUGUUUUCUAAUUAGUUUUAAGUGUUUUUUUCUUUUUUUUUUGAGGGGGGGAUGGGUGUUUGGUCAGGGGUUACUCAUGGCUCUGCUCUUAGGAAUCACUCCUGACAGUGCUUAGGGGACCAAAUGGGACGCUGGGAACCCAGGUCAGCCGCAUGCAAGGCAAACACCGUAUCUGUUGUACUAUCACUCUAGCCCCAUGAGAAACUAAGUAUUUCAACGAAAAAAUUUGAAAAGUAAAUAUCUUAAGUUCUCAAAUACUAAUAAAAUUAACUAUUUGUCUUCAAAGUGAAUAAAGGCUGGGGUUGGGAUAUGACUCGUGGGAGAGCUCUUGCUGUAUGUGUGUGAAGCCCUGAGUUAGAGUUCCAGCACCAGGGAAAAAUAAAGAAAUAGAAUCUCACACAGACCAAUGUAGUUUUUGUCAGUUUGUUUUACCAUUUGAGCUUUCCACAUUUUGAAUGAAAGUGUAAUUUACUAUGGCUUGUAAUAAUAGCUAGAUUAUAAUGUGGAAAUGUUAAUAUGCAGUAUAUAACUUUCAAAGGAAUUUCAAGUGCAUUAAGUUAUAAGAAGAUUCCUAUGGGGAUUAAAGGUUGUAUUUAUUUAACAUUCUUAUGCAUUUAUAUUCCAUUUCUCAUUGCUUCUACAAAUAUCCUUCAUUGUUUGAAAAUUACUGCUUCAUGAAAUUAGAGUUCAUGCUUUUAAAAAUAAAAUUAUUUUUAGGGUUUUUUUUUUUUUUUGAGGGGUCACACCCGGCCAUGCUCAGGGACUAUUCCUGGCUCUGCACUUAAGAAUCACUCCUAGUAGUGCUUGGGGGACCAUAUUGGAUUCAGGGACUGAACCCAGAUCAGCUGUGUGCAGGGCAAGCACCUCACCCACUGUAGUCUUCAGCCCCAUACAUCAUGCAUUUUUUUUAAAAAAAGGAAGUUCCUUGAGUUAAAUUGUGCACAGAAGAAAGGGGGGAGAUUUUUACUGGAAUUGUUUAAAAUAUGCUGGUGCAUUCACUUCCUUAUUUACUAUUGGGAUCCCAUGCUGUGGGUUUUUUUGUCCCUGAAUAUAUGUUCCCUGAAUUCAUAUACCAGUGUCCCAGUACAGAGACCCCAAUUGUGAUGGUGAUGUUUGGAGAUGAGACUUUCGGGAAGUGGUGCGGGUUAGUAGAGGCCAUGGGAACAGAGCCUUGUGGAAAGAUGAAUCAGAUAAGAAGAGGUAUAAGAUGUCUUGCUCUCCCUGCCCGCUAAUCAAAGACAGCAGUGAGGGGGAACGUUUGGAAACCAGGAGCACAACCACCCUCUCCAGAAACUACCAAGUGGGUACUUGAUCUGGAACUGUGAGAACAUUGCUGCUGUUAAAAUCACCCACCCUAUGGUACUUUUUUUAUUGAAGCCUGGGUUGACUGAGUUAAUAAAAGAAAAUAGUUAAUAAGGUUAACAUGCAAAGGCAAAACAGGAAGAUUUACCAAAAAAAAAGAAAAAAAUAUGAGUGAAACCAUAAAGGUAAUGAUCAUUUUUCUUGCAAUUUCUUACUUAAAAAGAAUGAAAGCCACACAUAAUAUUUUUAAUUACCAAAAGGAUGAAAUAAACAAAUAUCUCAAGUUACUGUUAGAAAUUUAUUUGUGUCUAAUGAUUUCUGUAGAUCUGAUUUUCUAAGAUACUUAAAAUUUUUAUUAUCACUAAAAUCCUAUUUUUUUCUCCAUCCUUCCUGUAGUGUUCUAUUUUGGAACUUGAAAAUCAAUAACCGGUAGGGGAAUAAGCUCAUUUUCCUAACUUUCUCUUUAUUGAUUCACAAUACAUUUAUUAAAAUAUAAUAAACUAUUCAUAAACCUGCAAAAUUCAAUUUUAUCAGACAUCUCAAAGGUGAUAUAUAAGUAUGCAUACAUAUGUAACUUUAAAAAAUAUUUUAGAGGGUUUUGUUUCUAGAUGAAAUGCUGACUCAACUAGAUUGUUGUUUUAUAGUUCAAAUCAUUUGAUGGGGAUAGGUUUGGGCCAUGGCUGGCUGUGCUUAAGGUAACCCUGGCUCUGUGCUGAGGGUUUACUCUGGGCAAUGCUGAAAGGACCAUAGUGGUACUGGGGAUUAAACUGGGAUUGGCUGCUUGAAAGGCAGAUGCUUUAAAUGCUGUGAUAUCUCUCUGGCCCCAGAAAAUUCUUCUUCCUGGCUCCCUACCCCGCCCCCACCCCUGACCCUGGGAUAAUUUAAAUAACGGGAAGCUUUGUUAAACAGAAGAUGACUGCUAACUUUGUUUUCUUUCCAAGGAGGCUAGUGUAAGAGAAGAAAGACAAGAAAAACUAGAGGGGCUGUAAUGAUAGAGUGGGUAGGGCACUUGCCUUGCACUGCACAUCUCAUAUGGUCCCAUGAGCUCGCCAGGAGUGAAUCCUGAGCACAGAACUGGGAAUAACCCCUGAAUAUCACUGGUGUGGCCCAAAAACAAAACAAAAAACUCACAAAAAUACCUGUGGAUAUGAAAACAGCUACAUCUUAGCUUUCACUAGCUCUUCUGGUUCAGGAGCUCAAAGAAUCUUCAAGAAAUAUCUCACUUUAUUACAUUCAGGGUAUAUAAUGGGGAAAGUAAUAUUUAAAGUAAGACAAUACUUUUUUUUUUUUUUUUUUUGCUUUUUGGGUCAAGACAGAAUCUCCUGCCCCCAUGCUAAGCUGUCUUCACUAGGACCCCCUCAGAGGGGAGCGGGUUGAGUUUCCUUCCUUGCCCCAAGCAGAACCUAGCAGCCGAAAACCUCCAGAACCCAGCCGCAGCCAUACUCAAGACGACUCUCCACACACUCGGACGAGCCUUACCCAUGGGGGAAUCAAUAGAGGAACCCAGGUAUGCAGGACCCAUGGCUAAGAUCUCCAAGCCUGUUUGGAUCGGGACUGGGCCUCCUCCACCCAGAUCCCCCGUUUUCCAGUAGCUUGGCAGUCACACCCACAAACCGCCCCUGGCGCCAUGUAAUGUCAUCAAUGGCCAAGAUCCAGAGACUAUAAACAGCUCGCUCCUUCCUUCCUUCCUUCCUUCCUUCCUUCCUUCCUUCCUUCCUUCCUUCCUUCCUUCCUUCCUUCCUUCCUUCCUUCCUUCCUUCCU